AUGAAUAACAGCGAUACACUCGUCCCCGAGACGAAUACCACUGGCCACACAGUAAGCGACGCCACCAGCCACGUUAAGCGUGAUAAUAGUACCGGGCAGCGAGCCGUUGACACGCUUAAUGGUGCGAUAACCGACGUCGAUGUAAGCGUGGUAUGUGAGACCGUUGACAGCGGCACACCGACGGAUGACGCGGCCAAAGACGCAGGACUGCACGCCGGCAGCACGUCGACGCUAGCCGACAAACGCAUCGUCGUCACCCGUUGCAAGACGCCGCAACAAAACUUCACUGCCCAAGUUGCUGCGAGUAUCCUCAGCGGCCUUCGAACUCGGCCGAGCCACGCCGGGGAAAGUGGUGAUGAAGUUGACUUGAGGCUUAUCGACAUGGUGCUCUGCAUUUCUAUACCUGGCGUGACUUUAUACGUUCGUUAA